AUGCAGAAAGAAAGAGAAGUAGGGAAGAUGAACUACACAUUGCUUCACUUCAAAGAAAACCCUAAUGGACAAAUUGAGGAUUCAAUUGACUUUGUGAAAGGUAUAGUUGGCAACAAGAAGAAAGAGUUUCUUGAAAAUGUUCUAAUGGAUGGGUUCAAUGAAAUGCCAAGAACAAUGAAACUUCUUCACCUAUCUUGCCUUAAUGUGUUUCACAUGUUCUUCAAUUCAUGCAAUUUGUUUGAUACAAAGGCAGCCAUACUUGAAGACAUAAUGAGAGCUAUUUACAUACCACUUAGUCAAGAAGAAGAACAAAUAAGUUCAAUGAUGCCACAACAACCUUCAAAGACAUUGCAGCCAAUGGUACUAGAAAAGAAGAUGAAAAAAGUUGAGAUUGCUAAAGUGAAUGCAUGUCUUAAUGAGAAAAACUUGAAAAAACAAGUUGGUAUUGGGAUAAGUUUUGUUGGAAGGCAAGGUCCUAAGAGUUAUAAUAAUUCUUUUGGUUGGUCUAACAAAGGGUUUGCUUCACAAAAGUUAAGAUUGUGCUUCAUGUGA